AUGACGGAGUCAUUGGCCAAGAUAUCUUCAAUGUUGGAAUCCGCUAGGGAUUUGACUAUUGAAGUGGCUGCGUCUGCCUCGUCAAGGCUCUCGGAAACACCAAGUGCGUUGAGACCUAAAGAGAUUUCUAAAUUAUUGAAUUCUAGAAUAGACAGAGACAAUCUAAGCGGCAUGAAGUGUGUGAUAUCUUCAAUAGCAAGAGGAGAAGAUGGUUUGCCCUACUUUGCUGAUGUUGUUAAGAAUAUAACUUCUGCAAACAGCAAGGUAAAGAAUUUAGUCUUGAUAUAUCUUACGAGAUACGCAGAGGUGGAACCUGAUACAGCACUCUUGUCGAUUAAUUCCAUCCAAAAAUCUUUGAAUAAUAAGAAUCCAAUUGACAGAGCUAGUGCCAUUAGAUCAAUGGCUGGUAUCAGGAUUGCAUCUAUAGCUCCAAUAUUGCUGUUAUGUAUUAAGAGAACCAUUUCUGAUCCCUCUCCAUUAGUACGAGCAUCAACCGCAAUUGCUAUUGGGAAAGUUUAUGACAUGGAAAACACGAAGAAGAAACAAUUGUUGGAAUAUUUAUCGAAAUUAUUAGCUGAUAGCAAUUCGCAAGUGGUUGGAACUGCUCUUAAAACAUACUUUAAAGUUAUGCCUUAUUUGAAAUCGUAUAAUAAAAAGUGGGAGCCAAUACAUGGGAACUUUCGUCGCUUUUGUAGUAUUAUCAGUGACUUAGAUGAAUGGAGUCAAUCUUUUAUGAUUGAAAUUUUAACAGAAUACUCGAGAAUAUUUUUACCCAGACCAAAGCUUUAUUUGAAGAAUGAUUCUAGUCAAGUAAUUGACCUACCUGACGAUUAUUCGAAAAUUCCUUAUCAUGAGUAUGACGUAACAAUGGAUAAAGAUCUUCAAUUGUUUGUUGAUUCAUUGAAACCGUUGAUAUACUCCAGGUCAGAAUUCGUUAUUUUGAGUAUAUCGAAAGCAAUAUUUUCAUUGACACCUCCACGCAUCUAUAAAGAACUUCAAAUAGACGUUGCUCUAGCUCGAUUAGCAUGUUCAAUGAAUAAUAUUGAGGUUUCAUUAUAUGCCCUACAAACGAUUUCUUUAAUAUCCUUGAGUGACCAAACUAUCUUUUCACCUCAGUUUAAAAAGUUUUAUGUAUACCCUAUGGACCCAAUUCCAAUUGCCAAAAUAAAGUUACAAAUCUUAUCAUUGUUAGCGAAUGAAGAUAAUGUGAAAUAUAUUUUUGAAGAAUUAAAGUAUUACUCAGUUAAUUCAAUGGAAAAUAAGAUUGCUAAUGAAUCUAUUAGGGCCAUUGGUAGCUGCUCACAAAUAUCCCCGUAUUGGAAUGAGAAAAUAUUGAAGUGGUGUUUGAAACAAAUAAGAGUUGCAGGUGGUUCAUCGUUGAAUGAACUACUAACUGUUAUUAGAUAUUUAAUACAACAAAAGCAAAACUUUAUGGACGAGAAGGAAAAGCAAGAUAUAAUUAAAAGCAGUUACAGAUUAUCAUUAGUAUUACAAGAUCAGAGAUCUAAUUUGGAAAGUGAUGCGAAAGCUAGUAUUAUAUGGAUAAUUGGAGAAUUCACCGAAGCAGCCAACAAUACUAUAGGACCUGAUGUGCUACGAUUAUUAAUAAAAACGUUUGCAUUCGAAUCAGAGGUAGUUAGAUAUCAAACACUAGUAUUAUCUGCAAAAAUUCUAUCUUUUGAAUUAGACAAAGUUAAGAAUGAAGUCGGUGAUGAUAAUUACCUGGCAAUUGAAGAAUUUUUACAAGAGAAUAUUGUAUCUCAAAUGUUUCAACAUGUCUUACAAUUAGCAAAAUAUGAUCCUUCAUAUGAUACGAGAGACAGGGCUAGAAUGUUUAACGUUUUAUUAAAUACUGGCAGUAAGCAAUCUCAGUUGGCUUCAUUGUUUUUACGUGUUCCUAAACCUGUUCCAUUAUCAACAUUAUUUUCAAAACGAAUUAAUACAGAUGAAGUAUUGACUACCAAUAUAUUGAUGAAAUAUUUCGAUAUAAUAGAAUGGGCUGACCCCUCAACGCACCCGCCACCUUCAAUAAGAAAGGUCGCACCUAUUCAGUCCAAUAAUUUAGGCGGGAAAAUUGUAUCUAUUUCGUCAUCAUCAAUGCAAAAUAAGUCCACUUCUCCUGAACCACUAUCGGAACAUGCGAUUUCUUCUCGACAAUACCAGAAUAGUAAUGUUGAUAAAAUAAUUCCUAAACCAGUAUAUCAGUUACAAAGUCUUGACGAAUUCUUUGGAAGUGAAGAGGAAGAGAGUGAGGAAGAGAGUGAGGAAGAGAGUGAGGAAGAGGAGAGUGAUGAGGAAGAGAAUGAAGACGAAGAUAGCGAAGAGGAAGAGGGUAACGAAGAAGAACAUGAAGAAGAUGUUGAGAGUGGCAGUGACGGAGAUGGUAGUGAAAAUGAUUACUUACAGAAACCUGACGCUGAAAAGACUACUGAAGGAACACCAUAG